GUGUGCGCAGCUGUGUGCACGCCCGCCCGCGCGUGCCCUGCGCGCUCGGCUGCGCCCGCGGGUGCGGGGCCGGCGCAGGGCGCUGGGGAGCGCGGCGGAGCGGGGGCGGAGCGCGGCGGAGGGGGCAGAGGCGGCGCCAGCCCCCACCGGCCUCCAAACUUUCAUUAACUCGGCAGCACCGGUACCGGCACCGGCACCGGGCCGCGCGCGGCGCCUCUGCGGACCCACCCGGAGCGGCGGGAGGGCGCCCGGCGGCGGCGGCGGCGGCGGCGGCGGCAUGGCCACGCUUGCUCUGACAGCGAGUUGAAGCGUGCCAGCGUCGGGGCCGGAGCCAGCACGGCGGAGAGCGGGCAGGCAAGGGACCCUGCAGUGGGCAGCCGGCAAGGUGCUGCAGCGUCCAGCGAUGGCCGAUAAGUGCAGUGAGGGGCUGCUGAACGGCGCCGUCCCCAGUGAGCGGAGCAAGCGGGACGAGAACCUCAAGCGUGGCAACUGGGGCAACCAGAUUGAGUUCGUGCUGACCAGCGUGGGCUACGCCGUGGGGCUGGGCAACGUCUGGCGCUUCCCGUACCUCUGCUACCGCAAUGGCGGAGGUGCCUUCAUGUUCCCCUACUUCAUCAUGCUGGUGUUUUGCGGCAUCCCCCUCUUCUUCAUGGAGCUCUCCUUCGGGCAGUUCGCCAGUCAGGGCUGCCUUGGCGUCUGGAGGGUCAGCCCCAUGUUCAAAGGCGUGGGCUACGGGAUGAUGGUGGUGUCCACCUACAUCGGGAUCUACUACAACGUGGUGAUCUGUAUUGCCUUCUACUACUUCUUUGUGUCCAUGACGCGCGUGCUGCCCUGGACGUACUGCAGCAACUCCUGGAACACGCCGGACUGCGCGGGGGUCCUGGACGGCAACGUCAGUGGCAGCGCCGCCCUCAACCUCACCCGCCUCCUCAACGCCACGCAGAAGCGCACCAGCCCCAGCGAGGAGUACUGGAGGAGGUACGUGCUCAACCUGUCGGAUGACAUCGGGAACCUGGGCGAGGUGCGGCUGCCCCUCCUGGGCUGCCUCGGCGUCUCCUGGGUCGUCGUCUUCCUCUGCCUCAUCAAGGGCGUCAAGUCAUCAGGAAAAGUGGUGUAUUUCACAGCCACCUUCCCCUACGUGGUGCUCACCAUCCUCUUCGUGCGCGGCAUCACGCUGGAGGGCGCCGUCACCGGCAUCACCUACUAUCUGACGCCCCAGUGGGACCGCAUCCUCGAUGCCAAGGUGUGGGGUGAUGCGGCCUCGCAGAUCUUCUACUCUUUGGGCUGUGCUUGGGGCGGGCUCAUCACCAUGGCGUCCUACAACAAGUUCCACAACAACUGUUACCGGGACAGCAUCAUCAUCAGCAUCACCAACUGCGCCACCAGUGUCUACGCCGGCUUUGUCAUCUUCUCCAUCCUUGGUUUCAUGGCCAACCACCUGGGCGUGGACGUCUCCAAGGUGGCCGACCACGGCCCAGGCCUGGCUUUUGUGGCCUACCCUGAGGCCCUCACUCUGCUGCCCAUCUCGCCCCUUUGGUCUAUCCUCUUCUUCUUCAUGCUUAUCCUCCUGGGCCUGGGUACUCAGUUCUGCCUGCUGGAGACGCUGGUCACGGCCAUCGUGGAUGAGGUGGGCAAUGAGUGGAUCAUCCGCAGGAAGACCUUUGUGACGCUCGGCGUGGCUGUGGCGGGCUUCCUGCUGGGCGUCCCACUCACCACGCAGGCGGGGAUCUACUGGCUCCUGCUGAUGGACAAUUAUGCCGCCAGCUUCUCCCUUGUCAUCAUCUCCUGCAUCAUGUGCGUGGCCAUCAUGUACAUCUAUGGACAUCACAACUACUUCAAGGACAUUGAGAUGAUGCUGGGCUUCCCACCCCCAAUCUUCUUCCAGAUCUGCUGGCGUUUCAUCUCACCCGCCAUCAUCUUUUUCAUCCUGGUCUUCACAGUGAUCCAGUACCGGCCUAUCUCCUACAACGACUAUGUCUACCCUACCUGGGCCAUCAGCAUCGGUUUCCUCAUGGCACUGUCCUCUGUGAUCUGCAUCCCCAUCUACGCCAUCUACAAAGUGUGCCGCUCCGAGGGCGACACACUGCUGGAGCGUUUGAAAAACGCCACCAAGGCAAGCAAGGACUGGGGCCCGGCGCUGGCAGAGCACCGCGGCGGGCGCUACGCCCUGGCGUUCAGCCCAUCCACUGAGUGCCACCUGGAGGUGCAGCCCCUGCACCCAGAGAAGGCCCGGAGCGAGGCCGCGGCUGCGCCCCCCGUGCAGGGCAGCAACGGCUCAGCCCACAGCCAGGACUCCAGACUGUGACCCCCUGCCAUCCCCACACCCCCUCUAACCCCUCCCGCGCGGUGACACUUUAGCACCUUCCGCUGGCGGAGCCUGGCUCCGGGCUGCACCGGACCGCGGGGGGCUCUCAGCGCCUGUCCCCGAGACCCCCUACCUCCUCUCCGGUUAACCCCCCCGUGGCGUUUGUUAACCCUCAUGUUUACGGUAACCAUUGGAUGCGACGCUGGAAUGAGAGAGGAGGGGGCCCAGCCCCAGGAGGGCCAGGAGCCAAAGGCACUUUGCAGGGGCCCUGCCCUGUGGGGCGAGUGGCCCGGGGUUGGGGGGACAGGAGCACCAGCUGGCUCCUGGCCCCUGCCAGGGCGAUGCGGAGGGCUGGGCAGCCUGUCCCCGCCGCAGGGCACUGCACCGUGAGCAGCGGGCCCAGCACCCUCCUGGCGCGCAGCUAGGGAGGGUGUCAGGUCGGGUCUGGGCCUGGGGCAGUCGGGUGCCUGGCUACCCCGGGGCGCUGCCUGCCUGGGGACAGCGCACAACUGUUUUAGGGUUCGGUUCUGCCUGCGGCUGACCCGUACCCCCAGCUAGGUGUGCACAGGGCAGUUGUGGGGGUGGUUGGCACUACACGGGCUCCCCCAACCCCCUAGGUGGGUACCAGCUGUGGCUGAGAGCCUGCAGGGUCCCAUGGGUGGCCGUGCACGGCUGGGAUGGAGCCCGAGAGCCGGGCUGGCAUGGGGAGAUGGGGUAAGUGCUGCAGCAGGGCUGCGAACAGCCACUGCCUGCACCAGCCGCGGGACCUCACAGCACAAGAGACAAGCACUUCGGCACACGUGCACGUGUGUGUGUCCCUUGCAGACGCACUACGCACAUGGGACAGACACAUGCACUGUGCACGUGCGCACGCACACACACGGUACCCCGUGGCCGUGCAGGAGGUGUGCUGUGUGCGCACGCACCCACAGUAUGCCCCCCCCAUCCCCAUACAUAUAGCACUGUACCCCCCUUCAGCCCCCUCCCCACAGCACCCUGCUAGGGUGCUGUGGGUGACCAGGCAGCACCAGCAAAGCUGGGCGCAGCUGUAAGCAGCAUGGGCACAGCUCCAUGCUGCUCCCUGCCCCGUGGUGGGGCAGGAGGGCUGGGGAGCACUUCAUGCCUGGCUGGAGGUGACGGGGUAAGGACAGGGCCCAGCUCUCCCCGACAGCCUUGGCACAGGCGGGGGGGGACCUUCCAUGGUGCUAAGGGGGAGCAGGAUGGACUGGCCCCCCCAGCUGCUGCUAGUGAGAGGUACCAGAGGAGACAUGGAGGGGCUGAGCCAGCCCACUCACUCCCAGCCAUCCGGGGACACUUGGUCUCCAACCAGUAUUAGUGCACUGGGCAAGGCCGGGCAGUCUAAAAAUCUGUCUUCCAGCUACAGCCUCUCGGCUCUAGCUCUUGAUUUGGGGUGGAUGGGGUGGGACACUUCCCACCCCAGGUUGUCCCCUCCCAGGCAGCACCACGCUCCCCUGCCUGGGUCUGGAGCCACAUGGCUUGCAUACAGACACAGUGCGGCUUGGAGGGGACACGGAAAGCACUAGGCUCCAGGGGCAGCGGGCAGCAGGGCGCUGAGCCCCAGCAGGACGUUCCAGCUCCCGUGGCCCCGUCCCAAGCCCCCUGUGCGACGCCGUGGAGAGGCGCAGUUUCCCGCAUGGUGCCCGUGCCCUGCCCCAUGUGUCACGACGCUACUGUUCACCUCUAAUUGUUAGCAAUAACGCGCGCGUCCCUGGGUAGCGCUGCCUGUGCCAGUGUCUCUCCUGGUGUAGAGUUCUAAAGUAUCCUAGACUUUAAUGAGAUUUAUAUUCCUGA